UAUUUCGAGCGCUAAAACGUCUUCGGUAUCAGUGCCACCUUUGGUUUUUUCACAAGUCGAGUGUCACAUUCUGAGCAGGAGAAAAAGAAACGCGAAGAUCUGCGGCUCUCAGCUCCAGUCCGUGUUGCUGUAGACCUCCCGUCCACGCGUGUGCCAGGAGGUCAGGCCUGCUGGACUGUUCUUUUGUUUUUUCGCCGCGAAAACUGCUCUGCACAGUUCCGUGCUAUCCUGGUCGUCUCUCUUCUACCAAUCUCGAAUUUCCGUGUUCUUCAGCAACCACCUGCUUCCCUGCGUCUGCCCCGCGAGUUUUCGCAGGGCAUCCCCCCGUCAAAAGUCCGUUUGCCAGCCAAAAGAUACACUUGCAAACGCGUUUCACCCCUCGUGUUCCUUGCGAUUUACAUCGGGCAGUUCGAGGGGAAGAAUCUUUUUGGGUUUUCCUUCGGGCACGAAACCAGAGCACCCGUUUCUUUUGAGGCGUCGUCCCUCACACCUGUGACACCAACUCGGCUCGUGUCGCUUCUCUUUGUUUCUGUGAGCUUGUCUUCUUUAUCAACACUUAAAAGAGUCGUCCCCCGCGGAUGACGGCGUUUUUUCUCCGAGAAGGGUUUUUGAUUUACAGUUCUGUUUCGUUGUUUCGGUGUUUCUUGCCAGCUUCGUCGGCCGCCUCUUGUGGUACCAUCUGUAUGCCUACACAUGUGCCUCUAUGUAUGUACAUAGACAGAUAUAUAGAGGAACCUACGGGUCGUAAGUAAUUCGCACCCGCUUCUGUGUUUUCUCCCGCGCUUUCAACCGUAUUUGCAACCGUACAUCUGCACGUAUGACGCUGUGCGUUUCUCCCUCUUAACUCCCGCUUUCCUCCCGAUCAGGAAAAUUCAGCGCCGCCAUUUGUGCCUCCGCUCCCCCCUCGUCCCCUUCUCUGUUUUUGUCCAACUUCCCGACUGGUCUGCCGCUCUCCGCCGCUCCUCUUCCCUUUUCACCGACCUCCCCGUCUACCCCAAACGGCCCUCCUCUCCACUCUGGACAAUGGAGCCGUCUUUUUCCGCGUCUGAAGGGUCGUCUUCAUCUCGGCCCGAGGGCGCGGCUUCCUCUGCGGGAGACGAGAUUUUGCUGGUGAAUUUUCGGUGCAUCGACGGUCGGACUUUUUCGCUGGAGUUGCCGGCAGACAUCGACAUCGCGGACGUCAUCUCGCUCGUUGCAGACGAGGUGGACUGGCCGAGCAAUCGCGUGCGUCUCAUCUACCAUGGCCGGGGCCUGACAACAGGCACGACUCUCCAGAGCUACGAUGUGAAGUCUGAGCAUACAAUCCACGUCGUGCGCCAGCAGGCGCCUUCGCCGGAGGGCGGCGCGUCCUCGGGAGGCGAGAGCCGCGACGAAUCGGAAGGCACUGGCCCUGCGGCGGCCGGUGCGUCGACUGCCUCUGGAAGCAACGCGGGUGCUCUGGGCUCUACUCAGCCAGGCCUGACGAAUGGAACGGGAGCCGCUGGGCCGAUGUGGACGCCCAUCUCUCUCCCAGGUGGAGGCACCAUGAUGGUCGGGCACAUGCAGUUUCCGGCGCAUGUGACCAUGAAUCUCGCGCCGCAACAGACUGCUCCUCAGCAACGUUCCGGGACUGGACAGACCAGCGCUCCGGGGGCUCCAGGACAUCAUGGAGCUCACGGCCCGAACUUCCUGGCUAACAGCAUUAGCCAGGCUGUCUCCGCGGUCGCGGCUUCUGUCUCUUCGGCGGCGCAUGCAGCCGCGGCAGCCACGUCCGCGGCGCAGGCGGCGUCGAACGCGGUCGCGGCGUUUCGAGGCCGCGCCGUUCCAGCGCUCUCUGCCUCCCUGUCGUCUUCGGAUUCGAGAGCCGACGGAAGUGGAUCCCGAGAGGAGGCAGGCGCGAGUGGACGCGGCGAAUCGGCGUUCUCGACGGGGGCGUCCACAACUCGCGGUGGGUCUUCGAGUGCCGCCGUGCAGUCUCCGUUUGCGUCUCCUCGCCCUCACGCAGGUCUUGGCACCGGCGCGACCCCUGCGUUUUCGACUCUGCUGCGCCGAGAAGGAGCCUCUGGAACUGCGGCAGGGGGGCCGUCGUCUUCCGGGCCGCGAAGAGCGGGAGAGGAAGAAGAGGAGGAGCCGCAUGCGGGGGGAUCCAGCGAAAGGACGCCCGAGACGGAGUUCUACUUCGCCCUCGCGGGAGCCUUGGAGAGCGCCGCGCACAGUCUCCUUCGCGCCGCGGAUCGAGUGAGGCAGGAAGCGAGGUCGCAGAUCUCCGGGAGCCCUGGCCAAGAGUCGUCGCGAGCGGCGAGUGCAACGCCGACUCACCCGAGCAAUUCGGCCGUCGAAGCCGCGCUUCCAGGACAAGCCACCGAGGCGACAGGGACUCCGCCAUCGGCUGGGGAGACGGGAGACGCCAGCCAGACGAGAAACGAGACAGGCGCCGAGCGAGGAGCCCGCCACCAGGCGCUCCAGACCCCUCUGCUGCAAAUGAUUGAACAGCCGACAGUUGCGCUGCCGGGUGGCCUCACUGCCCAUGUGCUUCCAGUGGCGGUGCAUGUCACUGUCGAUCCGCGGAGCCGCAGCGAAGAAGGCAGCGGCACUUCCUUCGGAACAAGGGAAGCGAGCGCCCAGAGGCGCGAAGGCAUGGAGGGCGCAGCGACUGUGGACUUGGAGCCCGAGCAGAGGAGACCCCGGGCAGCCAGGCCGCGAGAACUCAUGAUCACUCACGACUUCGUUCAGCGGCUUCUCCCCUGGACAGAGCUGAGAGACACUCUUGAGGUGAUUCAUCGAGAGAGGGGAUGGACUCUGGAAGAGCUGCCUCGCGUCUCCACACAAACAGGCGCCCCGCCGCCUCUCAGUGUCUUCCUGCCGUCGUUCGUCUCGGCUCUGAACCUCGUGGCUGCCAUGCUUCAACAGUUCAUGGGGUGGCAGCAGGGCAUCGCACGGAUGUCUGUGCCCGCGGUGGGUCGCAGUGCGCUGGCGCUGGCCCGGCUGUCGGCGACAACGGCAGGUUUGUCUGCCCUGCUGACGUCGAUUUUCAACUCGAUGGCGAGUCACGUGGACGCGACUGAGCUCGCAGCAGCAAUGGAGUGGCACACCGACGCUCCUUCAGACGCAAGUCCGGGAGAGCAACCGAGCGGUCAAGCCGCUGCUUCGGCUGCGCCUGGCGGCGCCGUCUACGCGGCGGAGCGAGAAGAGAGAGACGGACAAACGCUGCGCGGCCCGCUGCGUGCAGGGGAAACGUCUCGGGGUCCCGGCAGCGGAGACAGAAGACGGAGAGAGAGCGAAGGCGAAGAAGCUGAGAGCAGGGGAAGGCGAAGGGUGGAGACAAGCACCGCUGGCGGACUGGGACUGAGGGUCAUGCAAAUGCGCGGUGGAGACGGGAAGGACGAGAGAGAAUGCGAAGAAGAACUCGACAGUUCACAGGAGCGACGGCUUGCCGACGAUGUGGCUGCAGCUUUCGGAGAAGGCUCGUCCCCGCCGGUCUCGCCGUCGAGCAGCAGAGCGUCGCCGCGGGCCUCGGCGCCCUCGGUCGUUUCGCUCACAUCCUCGAACGCAGCGACAGCGGGAAGCAGCAGCUCGAGCACUGAACCGCGAGAUGCGUUUUUGGCGGCCGUCACUGGGGGCGCUUCUCUGAGCUCUUUGACUCGGUCUCCUCUGGGCGCAGGCGGACGAGACACGGGCGCAGGUCCGAGUUUGAGUGGCAACAGCGUGAGCUACUCGCCCACAAGCAGCCAGUCUGCGCGACCUGGAUUUCUCUCUUCGGCUGCAGACCGCAAAGAACACGACGACGACAGCUUUCCGUCUUCCGCUUCGCUCUCAGCAGACCCCGAUCUGCUCUCAGAGGCUGCAGGUGCAGCGCAGGCGGGGAGAGGAGCGGAUGGGCCGGACGCGGACUGCAUGGACGGCGUCGAAGAAGAGACCGGACCGAGCGACCUGCAGGGACUGAGGGGAUCCGGAGUGUGUCAUGGAGCCCAAGCCGACUCCGUGCAGAACUUGCUCUGCUCUCUCGGCAGAGCGUUGCCAGGGGAGUCGAGAAAUCCGGCUCGAGAUGGGGACGGAUUCGGGGGGCGAGGGGAGGGGAGCGGACGAGACGCAGCCCAGGAAGACGAAGCGAUCGACGAAGAUGUGCGCAUGCGACUCCAAAUGUGGACUGGGAAUAGUCAACAGUUUUCGAGAAACGUUCUCGCCUACGCGCGCCCACACCCCUUCAGUUCCGCCUACCGUUCAGGUGACGUCACCCAGAGCUCGUCGAUGCGGAGCCCGACUGGAGAAGCCGUGGAAAACGUCCUUUCUCUCUCUUGGCACCGGGCGCUGAACCGCGUGAACGUCGGCGAGGAGCCCCGGCCCCCAGCUUCUCUGGCGCCUUCGUAUUUGGCUCUUUUGAUGCGAGAAGCGACAACAUCUGCCCGCAACAACAACGACUUUGCGAUGCAGCAGGAUCGGUUUCCCCACAUUCGCUUAGCUCUUCAGCUUUUGCAGGAUGCAGAGCGACCUCCACUUCAACAAGCGACCGCAUACGAAUGAUUUUGUGGUGACAGGGCACCGGUCCACGCUGGCUAAAUUGCAGGACAGCUGAACCUCUGGAACCAAACCGUUUCUCUUGUUUGCUGACCUUGUUCGUGUACCACCGUGACUGCUGACACUGCUGUAACCUCUGUGUCGGGGAAUCCAGUUAGAAACGACCCUCGUGCUGCUGAAUGGAUCGCUAGAGGAAGGCCGAAUUCCGC